UUCCUCUCCCCUCCCCCUCUAUAAAAGUCCCCUCUACACCUGACCAACCCCUUUGCAAGAGCAGCAUCACGAGCAGCUUGCAUAGUGUUUCAGAGCAGCUUCGCGGCAGCAGCAACACAAGCACCACAUGAGAUCCUUGGGCCCAACCAUGAGGGUCUGCAUGGCCAAGGCCAACGGCGUUGGCGGCCAGCAGCAGCAGCAGCAGGUGCCGCCGGAGAGGAAGGAGAGCAGCAUCGGCAGGUGCGGCGUGUUCGGCGGCUGCGGCUUCCGGAUGCCGCUGCACUACCCGCGGUACAAGAAGGCGGACUACGAGACGAUGCCGGAGUGGCGCGUGGACUGCCUCCUCCGGGAGUACGGCCUCCCCGUCGACGGCGACCUCGACAGCAAGCGGAGGUUCGCCAUGGGCGCCUUCCUCUGGCCGGGACAGUACUGAAGCUCUCCGGCCAUCACCUUAACUAAAUAUUCAGAGGCUGAGCUGCAUCCGCAUGCAGUCCCAGGAAAAUAUAGCAUGCUAAUUGUCAUUAGGAUACAAACACUAUACACACACACUAAGAGUUCGUAUUAAUUUAUCAUCUGCUUGGAAUGGACAUAUAUACAUAUAUAGGAGAAAGCAUGUUUCUUGCGGUACACUAACACUAUAUAUAUAGCUAUGGAAGGAGGAGUUGUUCUCAGAGAUCAGGUGUCAUGUUUUUUUGUUUGUUUUUUGAAAGAAGAGAUCAGGUGUUAUGUGCU